CAACACUGGGUUUUGCUUUUACUGGACAAAAAUUGAUUGCAAAAAAGUCAUUGGCAAAGUACAAACAAUAGAAAACUACUUGAACAUGGAAUUUUAGAUUAACUACACAACUGACUAUUUUAAUCCUUAGUUGAGUUUAAUCGUGAGUUGUAAUAAACAAUGGCAGACAAUAAUCUCGCAGACCUGAGGAAGCAAUGCAUGGCCAGUCUAUACUUAAGUGCGGAAAAUGCAUUGAAAUAUUUGGAUGAAGAAAGAGACUCGGAGUUAGCUCUGCUGAAAAACUGUGUGCGGGAAUAUUGCACUAUGGAGGUCAUGGAAGAUUUAGAAGCACAAGCACUGGUUAUGGCAACUAGAGAAACAGAUGUCUCAAGUGUGAACUCCCUGGAUGACAAAUACAACGCCCACCUUCAGAGCAUGCAGGCACAGAGGCGGCAGAAUAUUGAUAAUCAUCCGUUUAUGCUGGAGUUUGAAAAGAGAAUCAGAACUGCACAGUUGACUAAUUCACAAAACUUGAACGAGUCAGAUAUAGCAAUAACAGAAACCCAUGAAGCCUUUCUGGAUCCAAUAACAAAGAAGCCCAUCGAGGACCCGGUGCGCAACACCAACUGCGGCCACGUGUACGAGCGCGCCGCCAUAUUGAGCCACGUGCAGCAACGGAAUAGAGCCAAGUGUCCAGUGGUGGGUUGCGGCAACCGCGAGCCGGUGCAGCUGUGUCACCUCGUGGACGACGACGCGCUGCGCACACAGCUCUCCACGCGACUCUCUGCCACCAACAACCGCUCACUGCUGGACCUGGAUGACUCUCAAUGAUCCAUCAAUUGAUGAGACAAUCUAAAGUAAAACAGUCUUGGAAAAAUUGCAAGAAUAACUGUGAUUUUGAACCUCGAUGAAAGAAAAAGACUUACACAUGGCUAUAGGAUUUAGCCUGGUUAAUUUAGAGCUCGUUCACACAGGCUGCGUAAGCGUAGACGUAGCGUAAAUUGCGUUGUAAAGUAUGGUACUGUAUGAAACAUGGCAUACUGCUUGCGUGGCGUGAACGUUCAUGUAGACGUAAUGCGUGCAGUUACGUCUAUGGGUUCACGCGCGCGGCGCGUCACUACGCACGUGUCACGUGUACGUGCUGCAUACGCAAUUGGUGUGAAUGGGCCAUUAGCUCUACAUCAUCUCCCAACAUGCCGGAACUGUCGGGAGAUGAUAUUUUCAUCGCUAGGCACCAUCACCAUAUUUCAGGUUUGCGGAACUUUUAAAAUCCAGUAAAAUAUUGAAGAUCAAAAUGCGCUUCUACGCUCAUUUGUCGGAUUAUUGGGUUAGUGACGUCACACGGCCGGGCAGUAUUUUGCUACGAUCAACGAUGUCAUAAUAUAUAAAGUCAUGCUGAGCUGGUUUUGUAUCUACAAUAGGUAAAAAUAAAUUUUUGAUUACAAUCUG